AUGUCCUGCCAACCACAAAUACCACAUGAAGAUCCAGAUACAAGCGACUACGGAUCCGACUUCACACCAGACGAAGAGGAGCUCCUGAACGAUUUGUUCACGAAAGCUGUCGCAGAACGCGGGCCCGCCGAGUCCGACGCCACCCCAGUCUCGAGUCAAACGAAUACCUUGACACCCGCAGCUACACCCAGAGCAACACCUAUACCCGCGAUCGCAAGAAUUCCCAUCGCUUCAGUUGAGCUCCCGGAUACCAAUUCCUCACAGGCGCCUGUAUUUGCGAGCUUCGUCGCAGACAUCGAAGAUGGCAUUGCGGAGCCCCCGAGCACCAGGCUACCUAAGGUGUUGGGUAGGGAGAAGCUUCGUUCACCGUGGAGAGGGCCAAGUCAGCAACCGUGGAAGGAAAUUGGAAGCGCACGCACUGGUCUGGCGUUUGGAACAAACCAGGGCGCAAACAACAGCCCCGCCACCGCGUUUGUAGAGCACCAGAAUUCGACAGAAGGGAGGGAACGAGAGCGCGAGCGUGUUGCUGCUCGUGAACAAGAGUGGAUUCAACAUGAACAGUUAGCGCCUACGUUAGAUGCCCGGUCGCCCAUUGAAAGGUUUCGAAGACCGCCCAAUAAAGCGUUUUCUGUUACGGAUCUUGUGUCGCCGGCUUGGUGUGAGUUGCAGUAUUGGUAUACGCUUACGAAACAUGGGAGGAAGAGGAGGACGCUGGCUAUGAAGAAGGGGAGUGUUGUGCAUAAGACGCUUGAAGAUGAGAUAUAUACUACUGUACCUGUGGAAAUUACUACGAAGGAGGAUGCGUGGGCUCUUCGGAUCUGGAAUGUGAUUCAGGGAUUGCGGAUGCUGCGACAGUAUGGGAUUACUCGUGAGCUUGAGAUUUGGGGUGUUGUCGACGGGGAGGUGGUUAAUGGGGUCAUUGACCAGUUAUCCUACGAAUGUCCCGACUCGAAACUUGAAGCUACGGCCGCAGAGUUUUAUCAAGACGCGGUGGCGUCAAGAGCUGCUUUGCCGGAGUAUCAGAUGUCACUGUCUGAUUUCUUAUUGUCUUCUUCACAAGGCGGACGAAGACUAUCGGAUCUGGGCCAGACAGAGUCUAUGAACAUUGAUGCGGCGAUGAAUGCCGAUCGAGGACCCUCGCCGGCUGUUUAUAACCUCCCGCGCAUAUACAUGACAGAUGUGAAAACAAGGGGAAGCCGCUCCAUUCCCACAGUGAAGAGCACGUCCUUCCGCCCUACAUCUCUCCAGCUACAACUUUAUUACCACAUGCUCAAUCGCCUUCUUACAAGUGACGAAGUCACGAUGGAUCUACUCGCAGCAAGAUAUAAUCUUGAUCCCGAACGACCUUUCACAGACGCCUUCAUCUCCGAAGUAGGAGGUCUAAACGACGAAUUCUUCGACGCACUCUCUGCGCAAGAAUUCGAUAUCGACGACCCCCCAACACCAGAGGACGCACGGAAAAUCCCCAAUACCUACAACUCACCUAUAUCAUCCAGUCCACCACAAGCCAGCCAAGACUCAACAAGUAUCCUCUCAACACACGGCACCCUUUCCAAACUGUGGAGCCUCAUGAAAGAACAACUCCGCGACACUUUCAUCCCAUCCAUACCAGGAAACCAGUCCAUCGCACCAUCAAUCCCACAUCACACCCAGCCUGAAAUACUGCAGCAUUACUCCACCCUGCUCUCUCCGGUACUUACAGCGCGUUUCCUAUCCUCGGCUCCAACGGAAGAUCCAGAGGAUAGGCAUAUAGGAAGCAGGUCCUUCCUCUUUGAUCCUAAUAAUUUGUCAUCUUAUCUUACUGAGCAGAUGGAAUGGUGGAGAGGUCAUCGGGACCCACGUGGUGUUAAUAUUUCCGAAGCUUGGAAAUGUCGCGUUUGUGAAUUUCGCGAUGAAUGUACCUGGCGCCAGGAGAGGGAAUGGGCUUAUGCAAGGCGAAAUGAGGUACGGAGAAAGAGCGCGUCGGCUGAUAUAUAG